AUGGCUGAUGAUCAGCAGCAGCAGUCUUUACAACAUCAACCACCUGGUUCUGGAGUAGGAGCUUUGCCUUCCCUGGUUCAAGGAUUGCAGGGGGCUGACGCGAAUGCAUUGCAGCUGAAAAUAAAGAACUCAAUCUGCAAAUCUGUACAAUCAAAAGUGGACUGCAUUUUGCAAGAUGUGGAGAAGCUUACAGACAUUGAGAAACUCUACCUCUAUCUCAGGCUGCCUUCUGGAGCCAGUAGUGGCAGUGAGAAAAUUGAGCAGAGCUCUGUAUCAUCCAGUCGUGCCCAGCAGAUGCAUGCAUUUAGCUGGAUUCGUAACCAUCUUGAGGAACAUCCUGAAACCUCGCUGCCUAAACAGGAAGUCUACGAUGAGUACAAGAGUUACUGUGAUAGUUUGGGGUAUCACGCUCUCAGUGCUGCUGACUUUGGAAAGAUCAUGAAGAAUGUUUUUCCCAACAUGAAGGCGCGUCGACUUGGCAUGCGAGGCAAAUCCAAGUAUUGCUAUAGUGGACUUAGGAAAAAGGCUUUUGUGCACAUGCCUUCUCUACCCAUCCUAGAUCUUCACAAAUCAGGUGAUGGGUGUGAGGUGUUUGAGACGAGUGGUCUUAUGUCCAGUGCAGAAGAUGAGGUGCGUCUGGCGGCGUGUGGUUUGGUGUGCGAGUGGGCACAGAAAGUGCUAAGUCGGCAGUUCGACAGUGUUGAGGAUCUGGCUCGGUAUCUUUUGAACAGUCACUACAUUGGAACCAAGUCUGUUGCAGCACUUACUGUAAUGACAGGUUCACCGUCAGGAGCAAAGAUGUCCAUGCAUUCAGCAUUUGCUCCCACAGCUGAUUUACACUCAUUCCAGCCUCAGGUUAAAACCCUGGUCUCACCUUCUGUAGAUGCCAAGCAGCAGCUACAGAGGAAGAUACAGAAGAAGCAGCAAGAACAAAAGCUGCACUCUCCACUCCCUGGUGAAGCCCAGGUCAGGAGAGCAGAUGGGGGCACAACUCCUGGUGCAGGGACAUGCAUACCCUGUGGAAGUCCUGCUCUUUUGUCACCUCAGCCUAUCGGGAUUGUGGUAGCAGCAGUUUCUAGCCCCAUCACAGUUCAAAGGAGUAGGCCGUUGAUGUCUCCCAGCCCUGUUCCUGUGCCAUCUGCAGACAACAAAGUUCUUCCCGUAAACUUUCAGGUGGUUACCCAGUCAUUGCAGCCUGUUAAGCAGUGCCCCAAGACUCCUCAGAAUGUCCCAGCUAGUCCAGUAAGCGACCGGUUAGCUCGUCACCGUUACCCCCAAAUCCUGCCCAAACCAUCUGCCUCUAGUGGCCUAACUUUGCGCUCACCAACCCUGCUCUUCACUAACAGCCCCAUCAAGACUGUAAUGUCAACUCCCCACGUUAGUUCAGUCAACGUAGUCAAGAUGACCACCAUAUCUCUAGGGUCAAGUGGCAGUGGGACCCGCACAUCAGCAGAUACCCCUACCAGCAACAAAGUCAGGCCUGCAUCCGCUGGAGUUGCCAGCCUCAGUGAUGAUCCGCAACCAGUCACACGUGUUCGCAGUGGAUCUAUAGCUGCAAUGUCAUCUGUUUUGGCAAGGCCAGGGCGAUUCACCACGACAUCCAUCGUCAACACAAAGAUAAAUACUGAAGCCAUAAUUGGGAGUGGUCAAGCUCAGGGUGGCACAAGUACGCUAGCAACUGCUCAGCAAGCCUGUGGGGGUGUUCAGCGGACAGAAAUGUUCAAACCCAGGGCAGCUAGUGUACCCACUCCUCUUGAGAAGGGCUGUCCGGGAUUGGAUGCUCUAACAGGGACCAAAUGCAAUGAAAGGACAGUCCCUAGUGUCAAUAUUCAGGCUGCUGGCAGCAAUAAUAACCCCAACAUUAAUGAAAGCACUUUUUACCAGAACACAGCAAAUCGAAACACAAGCAACGAUCGGUCAAUCAGCUGUAAUGCAUCUGGUGAUGUCACAAGGGAAGUGGUUUUGGCGUCCAAGAGCCCUCAAAAGAGACCUGGCUUAUGCACCGAUUUAGGUCCAAUGCCUGUAAAAAAAGCCCAUAUCUCUCAACUACUAGCUGGUGGGCCUGAUGGACCUAAGCCAGAUAUGACGGUGAAGCAAAUCCCAAGAUUAAGCAGCACUCCAAUGAGGCCAGAAAGUGCACCUAUCACAUCCAUAGGCAAAGCUGCAACAGCUCUGGUUAGAAGUACUGGCUUCCAGACAGUUCGCAGAUCACAAAACAUCGCCCAGGGCAGAUGGGAAGGAUCCUCCUCAGUAAUGAAUUAUAGAGUUCCUGUCACCUCUACAACAAGCAUCUCCUGUAAGGAUACUCCAGGUGGGAACACCAUGUUUCAGACAGUUAGCAGGCCUCGGAGCAUUUCUCAAGGGAGAUGGGAAGGAUCUUCAUCAGGUAUGGAAGGUAAAGAUAUGGUCACCCGUACUGUCAGUGCUCCAGGUCAAGCUUUGCUACAACAAGUAACAAAAAACUCACAAGAUUUGCUUUUAGACCAGUCUGACUCUUCUGCAGUAUGCGAACUAAAAAGUCUGUAUUGGGAUGAGCCACAAGGUGCCACUCAACAACAUCAAAAUGUUUAUGGCCCACAAAUAUUGUUGGAUCAAAAGCGAAUGUCCACUCCAUUGAUGGAAGCCCUUCCGGGGGUUACUCAAGCCUCUCCUCCCAACCAGCAGGCUCAGAUGAGUGAAUAUGGUACCCAAUCCAAUGUUGGCUUCUUCCCCUUUAAUGAUGAUGAUAUGACACAGGACAGCAUCGUAGAGGAGCUUGUACAAAUGGAAGAGCAGAUGAAAAUUAAUAGUAGCAUGCAAAAUUUUAGCAACUGUAUGGAUAUUUCACUGCAAACCCAACAACAAACCAUGCAGAGUUCCAUGAUAUCCACCCUCCAGACUAACGCUCUGUACUACAGCUCAGCUCAUAGCAGUAGCACAAUUCAUACACCCACCCCAACUCCUACCCCAACUUCUGAAAUGAUGGGAGGCAGCCAGGGAUUGAUGCAUGAAAGCCCCAGCUCACGUCUAGCCCCUACCACACCAGUCGACAGCGCUCUUGGGAGUAGUCGACAAACUCCUAUCGGUACCCCACACUCAAACUGCAGCAAUAGCAUCCCACCCAGCCCUGUUGAAUGCAGGAAUCCUUUUGCAUUUACUCCUAUUAACUCCAGCAUCACUGGAUACCAUGAUGGAAGUACUGUCUCUUCUAGUCCUGUCAAACCCAUGCAAAGACCCAUGGCCACACAUCCAGAUAAAGCUAAACUGGAGUGGAUGAACAGUGGCUACAGUAACAGUGGUGUGAGCUCCAAUAAUGGUAUUAGCAUUUUGCCUAGCUACCAAGAUCUGGUAGAUGACCACUUUAGGAAGCCUCACGCCUUUGCCAUACCAGGCCAGUCUUGCCUGUCCCAAACCAGACAUCACGAAAGUCAUAUCAGCCGCUUAACACCCAUAUCGCCUAUCCAACAGCAAUUGGCCAACCUCAAUAAGCAAGAGGGAUUUGCCGUCCCAGCCCCCCUCGAUAACAAGGCCGGCACUUCAUCCUCAGGGUCUGACUUUCGUUGUCGCAGCGUAAGUCCGGCAGUCAGGCAGCGCAACUUGAGUGGGACCCAAGCCCUCAAUGUCCCACGUUCUGUGGUUUCUCCUUUUAAUUCUCCUGUGACACCAGAAGUGCUUAACAUCUUAACCAACAGCGAAACAACGCAUGAAAGCAUCAGCAGCAUGGCACAGAGAAGUCAAUCUGUUCCAGUUACUGUUAUGAUGCAGUCUGAGGUUUUACCCAUGCAAGCAGGCAACCAGCAGAGUAAUACCAAAAACAUCACCAACGUCCUCAUCGGCAAAAUGGAUGGCGAUGGAGAUGACUCGUUACGUGGCCUCGGAAUCAACAACAUGCCCUCCAACUACACUGCCCGCAUGAAUCUCACCCAGAUUCUGGAGACCACCACAGUGCCCGGCUUCCCUGGCAAUGCCAGCCACCAAGCUCUGAUCUCACCUUGUUCAUCAGCCUUUGAGUCUCAGAAGCCUGGUUACCUCAUGAAAAAUGCCGGAGAGCCUGUGAGGUUCUCUGCAGAGGAAAGCCAAGCACAAUCAGCAUCGGUGGAGCACCAGCUUCCACAGCGGGAGCACUUAGGCAGGCGGCAGCUCCUCGGGCCGGAUCAGCAGAGUCGGGGCAUGCUGCUGCCUCUACAGCAAAACCUCCGACAACGUGAGCACCAGCAGACCUUGGAUUUAGACAGGACUGUUAAAGAUCUUUUAAACGAGGAAGCAUUGAAUGCUGGCUCACAGCUUGUGGGCCAAGGGUCAGAGCUCAGUGCUGGGGGUACAGAGUUUCCCAGUGAUAUGCGACUAACCUCUGAGCUCUCCAGUAGCAUAAAUGACUUGAAUAAUUUAGAUACCAACCUUCUUUUUGACCCCAGUCAACAGCAGGGACAAUACGAAGACUCGACACUGGAAGAACUAAAGAAUGACCCGCUUUUUCAACAGAUUUGUAGCGAGACUGUGAAUUCUGCCGGCUUUGACUGGUUGGAAAGCAAAGACCAGGCAACAGUGGAAAUGUUGGGGUAAUAUUUUUUUGUUUUGUAUUGUUUUAAAUAUUUAAAUGUUUUUCUAUGUAUUUGUUAUUGAAAGGUCACUGUAUGUGUGUAUGUAAUUACCUUGAUGUGGAGCACCUACUACAGUAAACCUUUAAACAUCAUAACACAGGUCCAGACUGAAGUGCCAGGCUGAACAGAAAUUAUCACUCUUUAAAAAAAAGCUGGUUCUUUGAAUCAGUGGUGCAAAACUGGGAACUAUUUUGUGCUUUAAUACGAUCCUUUAACAUUUUAGUCAAAGUGCAUUGCAUAAACAUGUAUUCAUUUUUAACCCCUUAAAAGAAAACGGGUGUAUUUUAAACUACACUAGCUGUUUGGGGUGCUGUACCACUUUAAAUUUGCUUUCUCACUCUGUAAACAUAAAAUCAGGGCUUCCAUGUGCAGAAAACCUUAUAAGUGAUGGAUUUGAAACAUAUUCCUGUAACAUGUAUUGUGUUUCAGCAGAUAACAAAUUUGCAAAUUGUCCAGGAAUAAGGGAAGAUCCAACAAGAUAAAGAUCACAUUCAGCUGAUGCUUAUUAUUGCUCUUUGAAAUACAAGCAGCUUACCUGCAACAAUUAUUUGGAAAGCGUUUGCACUAAUUGGGCAUAAAUGUGCCACGUUUGAUUUCUCAAUGUGAACCAAGAAGCAAUUCUAUUUGCAGCUUUAUUCUUACAGUAACCACUACAUCAGUUAGGACGUAUGCAUCUGUUUGCACAAAAUCUUUUUUAAGUUAUGUUUGGUAGCUGCUCAGAAUUGCUUAAAGUGAAUAAUCGAGUGCCCUUUUGGUAUUUAAAAUUCUAUGUGCUAAUAUUUAACAAAAACAAAGUCGAAACUGUACAUUACAGUGCAUUUCCCUAAGCUGCAUCUCAGGGUCUCCCAGGAGAGUCGUAUCCCACAGAACAUGCUAAAUUUGAUACAAUCGUUGAAAAAUAAUGGCAUUCGUUUUUGCACUAACUGGCACCUUUAAAUUCCAUUUGCAGCCUAAAUACGACUAAGGAUGUAAAUUGACCAAGUGCUCUCAUUUUAAAUGGAAGUAUUUAAAGCAAAAAUUGGGGGUUACAGAAACUGGUUAAACCAAAAUGCCAAAGUGAAUUAUUGUCGUUGAAAGGAAUAUAUUUGAAAUAUAUUGAAUGAAGGCUCUGUCAAAACUAUAAAAAAAAAUGAAUCUUGAAAACUAUGCAUUUACAUGGCCAUUGUAUUGUAUUGACCCCCGCCCAAUUGAUGCUUAUAUUUAUUUAACAAUUCGCACUUUGCAGAAAUGAGAUGUAGAAGUAUGUAUGGUUUAAUUUACUAAAUUAACUAUUAGACAAAGUGUUUGGAUAAUUGUAAGAAUGUUUUUCUAUUAGACAGUUCUCUACUUUCUUCAUUCAGGAACUUUUAAAAAGUUAAAGUUAAAGAGCCUUUAAUAAUGAGCCUCUUAACCAAAUGAAUCAUACCAACUUAAAAAUAAAACAAAGAAAAUAAAAGUCCUAAUUGCAUUGCUAAUACAAUACAGUUCUUUUCAUCUAAACUUGAAAUAAUUGCCAUUACUGUAUCAUGCUGUACUUGGAGUAUUUGAUAAGUGAAAUGCUUACCAAACAUCAGAGCAUAAGUUAUACUUUGUUACUAAGUGUGAUAGUUCUUGAAGUCGAUCUUAGCCUUACGUCCUUACCAAAGACAAGCUUUGUAAAAAUUAAUAAAAAUGUAGGAGCAAUUGUAUUGCUUAGUAUCAUUACUUUUAAAUUCAACGACUUACCCCAACAUGAAAUGCUUUAAAAAUGGCAUUACUGGACAGGUCAAAUGGGGCCAAGAUUGGUGAAGUUUUAGGGAAUAAUUGUGUCUUUUUGAAAGCAUACAACCACUGUAGCACUUGAAUUAAAUUCAGAUUUUUUAUUUACAUGUCAGACCUUUGUAGCAGGGCCAUUCUAGGGGAAUUAUCAAAGCAGACUAUUAAAGUUCAGUUUGUUUUGCUGUUUUUUGUAAAUAAGCUUUAUUUUCAAGAUAAAAAUUUACUUUUAACAGUUUCACUGACAUUCAUAUUGAUAUGAUAUUUAUCAAUGGUCCCUAACAAAUGUGUUUUCUUUUAAUUAUGAGCCAAUAAAUAGUUUUUAAUUAUCUAGGCAUCUCUUGUAUAGACAUAGCUUGUGAAAGUCUCAUUAUUAAGAAUAGCCUUUUUUUCUUUCUCUCUUAUGCUUUGACUUGCAGAUGUUUUUCAAGCAUUCACCUUUUUUUGCAGAAGAGUGUACUUGUGUGUGAAAAUAGCAUGGGUUUUACAAUACGUGUUGUGGUUUAAUAUUACUAGAUUGCAUAUCUGUUGUAACGGACAUAGAUCUAACAGUGAACACUGGAAAUGUAACAACGGAAAACUCAUAAAGCUCUAGAGAUUCAUUUUAUUGCACUAAUUUCCCUUAAGAACAAAAAUAUUGAGAUCUUAAGUGAAACACAUGUAACCCUCGUAUAGGUUACUUUUACUUUCUAGUAGUAACACUAGUCAAAAUGUGUCUGUUACGUCAUGUUCUUAUGUUCAGAUCUCAGAGCGAUGCAGGCGGCAUAUAAAAAAGUGAAAGCAAUUAAACUGUUUAAAUUAAUAAUAUUUAAAGAAUCAAAUUUAUUAAAACAUCAUAAAUGUGCAUUUGUUUAACAUUAUUGUACAUAAUUGUCAUCACUCAUUAGAGUAAGAUUAGUAUUUCUGUUUAGUAGAAAGAAAUUCACUAGGUGUAUAAUAACUCAUUUAUUGUAACACGUCUUCAUAUUUCUGGUUUCUCUAAAAAAUAUGUGAAUUGUUUUUUUUUUCUUUUUUUUAAAUAAGCACUACUGUUGAUUUUAGUAAAGAGACAGACCAGAUUUGAGACUGUGCUAUUCUCUGACCUGGUAGAGUUGAGCUUUACCCUUGUCUUUUUUCUACCUUUCUGAUCUCUUAUGUUGGAAUUGUAUAUGUACAGAAUCUUUAUGGUAGUUUGAUAAAUUUGUUAUUACAUUUCAGCAAAACAUCAUUCUUUUGUAUUGAAAGUGCUUACUGACAUUGAAUUUUUUUAAAGGUGGUUUUAAAAACCAAUAAACUUUUUUUGUAAAGCAUUA